AUGUCGUACCACAAGAAGCAUACAAAGACGCAUUCGACAUAUGCGUUCGAGAGCAAUACCAACAGCGUUGCAGCGUCGCAGAUGCGCAAUGCCUUGAACAAGUUGGCAGACUCGGUCAAGGACAACGAGGAGCUGCGUGCAAAGUUUGAGAAUGAGUUGGACUCUUUCUUCACGCUGUUCCGGAGGUACCUGGUCGAAAAGUCGUCGGGGAACACUCUGGACUGGGAAAAGAUCAACUCGCCGUCCAACGACGAAGUUAUCGACUACAACGAGCUGGUCGAGCAUCAGCCUGAGAGCGUAGCCAAUUUGUCGAAGUUGGCUGUUUUGAAGCUGAAUGGAGGGCUGGGUACUUCUAUGGGGUGCGUGGGUCCCAAAAGUGUCAUCGAGGUCAGAGAGGGUAACACGUUCUUGGACCUUUCCGUUAGGCAGAUCGAGUAUCUGAAUAGACAGUACGACAGCGAUGUGCCCUUACUGUUGAUGAACUCUUUCAAUACGGACAAGGAUACUGAGCACUUGAUCAAGAAAUAUACGGCUAACAGGAUCCGAAUCAGAUCAUUCAAUCAGUCGAGAUACCCCAGGGUUUUCAAAGAUUCUUUUCUGCCGGUUCCAACUCACUACGAUGAUCCGUUAGACUCAUGGUAUCCACCCGGUCACGGUGACUUGUUUGAAUCGCUACACUCAUCUGGUGAAUUAGAUGCCUUAAUUGCGCAGGGUAGGGAAAUUCUUUUCGUCUCAAAUGGUGAUAAUUUGGGUGCAAUGGUUGAUCUAAAGAUAUUGAACCAUAUGAUUGAGACAGGAGCUGAAUAUAUCAUGGAAUUGACGCAUAAGACGAGAGCCGACGUGAAAGGUGGUACUUUGAUAUCGUAUGAUGGUCAAGUUCGUCUUCUAGAAGUUGCUCAAGUUCCAAAAGAGCAUAUUGAUGAAUUUAAAAAUAUUCGAAAGUUCAAGAAUUUCAACACGAAUAAUUUAUGGAUUAAUCUAAAAGCUGUCAAAAGAUUGAUAGAAAAUGCUUCGUUGACAAUGGAGAUUAUUCCAAAUAGUAAAACUAUCAAAAGAAAUGGUCAAGAAAUCAACGUUUUACAAUUGGAAACUGCAUGUGGUGCUGCAAUUAGACAUUUUGAAGGUGCUCAUGGUGUUGUUGUCCCGAGAUCAAGAUUUUUACCCGUGAAAACUUGUUCGGAUCUGUUGCUAGUCAAAUCUGAUUUGUUCCGUUUGGAGCAUGGUUCGUUGAAAAUUGACCCAGCAAGAUUUGGUCCAAAUCCUCUAAUUAAACUGGGCUCACAUUUCAAGAAAGUGUCCGAUUUCAAUUUAAGAAUUGGUCAUAUACCAAAAAUCGUUGAACUAGAUCAUUUAACAAUUACUGGUAACGUAUUCCUGGGUAAAAAUGUUACAUUAAAAGGUACAGUUAUUAUUGUGUGCUCCGAUGGUCAUAGGAUUGAUAUUCCAAAUGGCUCUAUCUUAGAAAAUGUCGUUAUUACUGGCAACUUACAAAUUCUGGAACAUUAA